AAAAAAUACAUGAUGGCGAACCUGACUCGAGUAAAAAAUGACGGACACGAAGUCGCUGUAAUAAAUUUUAAUAAAUAUUACGGUUUAAUUUAAUCGGUAACUAAUCGAAAAUACAAGAAAAUUAUUAACCUAAACUUUCUAAAUUCGUUGAUCGUAUUGAAAAUUCCAUACGCCAUCCGCAAAUACCCUUAAAUUCAAUUUGAAAACUUCAAAUUUUUCCCUUUAAUUUUUUCAUUCUUCUAUCAUUCUUCUCUCAAUUAAAAAUUUCUUCAAAUAAAAUCAUAAAAGAAAAAAAAAUAAAGUGAAAAAAGUGAAAUAGAAUUAUAAAAAAAGAGCAGAGAAAAAGAGAGAAAGAGAGAAAAAAAAUGAAUAAUGAAUCUGAUAAAAAAACCGAUUUAAAUGUGUUUAAAUGUGGUGGUAAUUCAACAACAACCAAUACAUCCAUCCCUGUCAUUGGUGAAAAUUCACCAACAGCAAUACCAACACUAUCAGCAGCAGCAGCAACAACAACAACAGCAUUAACUGCGCCAACAACGGUGACUGUAACUUCAACGGCAACACCAACAACAACGACAACGACAAAGUCGUCGUCAAACAAAAAAUCGCAGCCAUCGUCAUCGUCGUCGUUGUUAUCAAAAAAGAAGAACAACAACACCAUCGAAAGAAUGACGAAAAAGUCGUGCAAAAAUUCAGCAGUAGGGGGCGCUAGCAGCACUAGCUCUUCAACUGCAUUAAACAGUAACAGUAAUAAUAAUAGCAACAACAAUAAUCAACAAAACAAUAAAAAUUUCAACAAAAAUUAUUUGAAAAAUCAAAAGAAUAGUGAUAGUUGUGUUAGUAGCAGUAAUAGUAGUAUUAACACCAACACUUCUAUAAUACCUGCAACAGCAACAUUAACAUCAACAUCAUCUACAACCUGCACUACAGCUACGGCUAUGGCUAUGGCUAAUGCUACGGCAACGCCAAUGGCAACGGCAACGCCGCCAGGAACAGUGGCAGUAGAUAGUUGCGGUAGUAGUGGUGGUAAUGGUAAUAGUAGUGGUGUAAGUAUGAUUGGUGGCAGUAUAUGUAGUAGUAGUAAUAUAAAUAAAAGUGGUGGUGCAAAUUCAAAUGCAAAUGCAAAUGGCAAAAAUGUGUCCAACUCCAACUUUAAAUUGGCGACGACCACGACCCCGAAUUCGAAUCCGAACCCUACGACGACGGCGAUUACAUCGUCUUUGGGUUUAGCUUCAGCUUCAGCUUUGCCAUCAUCAUCAUCAUCCUCCUCUUCCCUGACCAUAAUGGCUGCCGUUGCAGCUGGGAAUGAUCCCUGUGCCGCUGCAUCCUCCCACACUGUACCAUCUUCAACUUCAACAACAUCACCUGCUUCUUCGAUGUCGAUUGUUUCUUCAGCGAAAACUAACAAUAAUUUGGUAGCGAGUAGUAAGAAGUCGACAACUAAUCGACAGCAGAAACAACACCACCAGCCUGACCAACAACAGCAACAACAUCAACCGCCACCACCACCUUUACCUAAGCAACAACACCAACAAACGUCGACGGACAUUUGCGGAGGUUGCGUGAGUAUUGGUGUUGGUGGCGGCGGCGGCGGUGGCGACGAUGUUGAGAAUGCAUCAGCAGUAACAGACCCAACUAAAUCUGGAGGAGAUUGCAAUGCAUCAUCAUCAUCACCAGUAGUACCAGUUCAAGUUCCAGCUGCUGCCGCAGCAGCAGCAGCACUAUCAUCAUCAGCAACUACUACCACCGUAGUCACCCAACAACAGCAACAACAACAACAAACUACAACCUCAUCAUCAUCAUCUAUUCAGCCGCAGAAUUCGUCAUGUUCGGCUUCAUCUUCGAUAUCAUCAAACUCUUCGUUAUCUUCGCCAUCAGUUGGAAUUGUUAAUGCAAUAUCAACGGCAUUGCAGAAUAUUAACAUUAUCACAAGUGAUAAUUCCGAUACCGAUACUGAAGUACUUCCUCAAACAACUGAAGGAUAUCCUCAAACAAGAGUCACCGAUUUGUCUGAAUCCGAUGAGGAAUCAGUUUCAGAGGACGAUAUUCCAGAAUCAGAUCCAGAAAGUUGUGGCAAUGAUGGUGAUGGGAAUGACGAUGAAGACGAUGGUGACGAUGAGGAAGAAGACGAGGACGACGAAUUGCAAGAUCCCAAUGAAGUCGGUGGCAAUUUCCUCUUAGAUACGGCAACAGAUCCUAGGGGAAAUCUUACAGCACUUUUUGAAGCAGCAGCCAAUGAAAAGGCUCCGGUUUUAAGACACGCAACCCAUGCUAUCGAUGAGACUAAACAAGCUCUUACUAAAAUGAGAUGUGCAAGUAGUCCAAGGGAUAAAACAAUUUUCUCGCGUACUCUAAUUGCUGCGUGCAAUGAUAACGACGUUAACACCGUACGAAGACUUUUGGGCAAAGGAAAUAUCAAUAUUAAUGAAUCCACUGAUGAUGGAGAAUCUCUGCUCUCAAUGGCUUGUUCAGCUGGUUAUUAUGAACUUGCUCAGGUUCUAUUGGCAAUGUCAGCUGCGCAAGUAGAGGAUAAAGGGCAGAAGGAUUGUACACCUCUAAUGGAAGCAGCUUCGGCUGGUCAUCUUGAUAUUGUUAAACUUUUGCUUAGCCAUAAUGCUGAUGUUAAUGCUCAUUGUGCCACAGGUAAUACGCCACUGAUGUUUGCAUGUGCCGGUGGCCAUUGCGAUGUGGUAAAAGAGCUACUUAAACAUGGGGCAAAUGUUGAAGAACAAAACGAAAAUGGCCAUACACCAUUAAUGGAAGCAGCAUCAGCUGGGCAUGUUGAAGUUGCCAAGGUCCUUCUCGAACAUGGGGCAGGAAUAAACACCCAUUCGAAUGAGUUCAAGGAAAGUGCUCUUACUUUGGCCUGCUAUAAGGGCCACUUGAAUAUGGUCCGAUUUCUAUUGCAAGCUGGAGCAGAUCAAGAACACAAGACAGACGAGAUGCACACAGCUCUGAUGGAAGCCUCAAUGGAUGGUCAUGUGGAGGUGGCACGUUUACUGCUCGAUUCGGGAGCACAGGUUAACAUGCCAACCGAUUCAUUUGAAUCACCUCUUACAUUGGCCGCUUGUGGCGGUCACGUUGAAUUGGCAACUUUACUCAUUGAACGUGGGGCUAAUAUUGAAGAGGUAAAUGAUGAAGGCUACACACCCCUUAUGGAAGCAGCAAGAGAAGGCCAUGAGGAAAUGGUGGCACUUCUGCUUAACAAGGGAGCCAACAUCAACGCAACAACUGAGGAAACGCAAGAGACUGCUCUAACGCUAGCAUGCUGUGGUGGUUUUAUGGAAGUGGCUGAGUUUCUUAUUAAAGAAGGCGCCAAUUUGGAAUUGGGCGCAUCAACUCCUCUGAUGGAAGCUGCCCAAGAAGGGCACACUGACCUGGUUCGAUUCUUGUUGCAAAACAAAGCAAAUGUACAUGCCGAAACACAAACAGGAGAUACAGCAUUAACUCACGCAGCCGAAAAUGGUCACACCGAUGCCGCCGAAGUACUUCUUAGCUAUGGAGCAGAGUUGGAGCAUGAAUCUGAAGGCGGUCGAACACCUUUAAUGAAGGCGUGCCGUGCUGGUCACCUUUGUACUGUCAAAUUCCUAAUUCAAAAAGGGGCAGAUGUUAACAAACAAACAACUAGUAAUGAUCAUACACCCUUAUCCCUGGCUUGCGCCGGCGGUCAUCAAGCUGUUGUGGAGCUUUUGCUUAAAAGUGGGGCCGAUCCCUACCAUAAGCUUAAGGACAAUAGCACAAUGUUGAUUGAAGCAGCAAAAGGUGGCCAUACGCGUGUAGUUGAGUUGCUUUUCAAGUAUCCCCAUCUCAUACAAAACCAUCAGAACGAACUGCAGACUAAUGGAAUUAACAAUGCUGCCAAUAACGCUGGCCAGCUGCAGUUAAUCAACAUCCAACAGCAAAAACAAUUGCAACAACAAUUGCAGCAACAACUGCAGCAGCUUAGCGCUCCACCAGGUUUGCAUGAGGUACCUGAGGCAGUAAGAGUUUCCAACCAACAACUAUUCCACCAGCAACAAUUUCCAUCUGUGGAUUAUUUGGACGAGCCAUUAAUUGCCAAUUCCACGGAAGGUUUUGCCAUCGAUCCGAAUUCCUUAAAUGCUCAGCAGCAAGAGGCCCUAAUUGCAAAGAGCAGGCUAUUUCAUUGUUUCGAACAGGGGUUCGCUCACGGAGUGAGAUCUCAAUCAGGCAUAGUAAACCAACUCAUUAGCAGUAACAACACCCCUGUAACCCAAACUAUAAAUCAAACACAUGCUGGUUCAAGUUCUGUCAAUUGUGGAACUCCAUCCGGAACAUCAACUACCAUCAGCAAUACCAACACAAUCAAGCAGAAGAGUCUAUUACGUAAAAAUCGCCAGCCUCCAGCUCCAUUUGAACUAAAUCUUACAAGCUCUGAAGCUCAGCAAGUGCGAUCACAGCCUCUGGGCGAGGACGAUAUUUCUGCUGGUGUUGUUGGUGUUACUCCUGCAUGUUUGUCAACUGGUACCACUUCGAUAUCUAAUGAUGAAGAGAAACGCAGAAGGCGAAAUAUGAUCAGGGAUUUCACAAAGGUAAAGAUGGUGCGUGACAAUAAAGCGCCCCCUUCUUCAUUACUUCCAUCUUUUGAUGUCACCAGUGCAGGAGUCGGAACAAUUCCAGCUGCACCAGGUGCUAAAGAUGAUCCACCCAAUAUACCAAUGUUGAUUGCCUCAGCCUUGCAAACGGGAAUGAAUAUGACAACCACUCCAGAUGAAUCGACCGCAGUGUCUGAUCUGUUUAAACCAGGAUCAUUGAAUUCUCUUGCACCUUACACCAAUACCUUGCUCGCUCCAACUUCCGGUAUUACGUCUUCAUCGCUUGGUGGCCAAACCAGUAGCAAUAACACAACUACAACAACCACAACUCAAAUUACAACACCAUCGGAAGUGUCCCAAAGUACAGCUAUAAGUGAUAGACCAAAGGUUAAGCCUGUUUCAAAGAAAGAUGGCAAGAACCUGCGUAAAACUGUUUUUCCAGCUCUGUUGCAGCAAAAUCAAAUGGUUUCCAUUUAUAAUAACUUACCAUUGCUGUUGACAUCAGAGUCAAAUAAGAUCGAUAGAAAUCAACAGGCGUUUAUGAGAGGCGUAAUGGCUGCUAAGAUUGAUCAGUAUAAAUUAAAUAAUACUCCAAUGCCUGGAACUCCGUCAACGUCUACUGGUGGCGAAACGGGACCCAUUCCGUACUGCUUGCAGCACAAUUUGAUUGGUUCACAAACUUUGCACGAAGCUCUUCAGGCUGCUUGCUCUCAAGCAUCUUCCUCUAUGGUUCAAUCGAUUGAUUCAAGGGAUAUGCCACCUAACAUAACAUCUGGUUCAUGUGAAUCGAUAAAUUCGAUUGGUUCUUCAUUGGCUAACGAACCCGAGGAUUACAACGUAGGGGUAAAUACUCAAUUCAAAAUGUUACAAAUGGUCGCUGCACAAAUGCCAAACUAUCCAAUGCAGAAGACUAUUCAACGUUUGUUCGUCGAUCAUCCCAAAUCACCAACUGAGUCACCACCAGCCAGCUCUGCGUUCAAUCAAGACUGUAGUGGAAUUGAUGGCAACGAGCCCGGAGGCACAGAAACUAUCAGUGUGUGUGAAGUUGCUUCGACUCCCAGCGUCGGAAGCAAUACUGCAACCAAACGAAGCGCCACUGUCGAAGAGUAUGAAGAGGAUGAAGACGAGGACAUAGAUGAUGAUGACGAUGAAGAAGAUGAUGAGGAUGACGAGGACGAUGAUGAGGACGAUGAAGACGAGGAUGAAGAGGAGGAAAAUGAUGACGAGGAGAACGAGGACGAUGAAGAUGAAGUCGAUGAUGAUGAAGAAGACAUUGAACUGGAUUCGCCAACAAAGAGCCGCAAAUUGUCUCAUCGAUUAGGCAACUUGAUUCUGUCCAAUGUAGCCCUCAAGCCAGAUGAUAUCACACAGGCCUUGUGUGAUUUUCGUCCCGAUCUUCAUGCAACAGAUUUGGUGCAAGUAUUUCCUCAGAUUGGCAACUACAAAUCUGGAACCUUGACAAACCUCCAGCAACAAUUCAGUACACAGCAGGUAUAUUCUCUUGGUGCAGCCACGUUUGCCCAAAAUGAAGACCAUUUUCGCAUGUACGACAACACGGACGAUGAUUGCGAAAUUUACGCCCCCUUGGGAGAGACUUUAGAGCAGUUCAACGCUGAAGACGAUGGCAGUCGUGAUCGAAUCUAUGACAUCACAGUCGAUGAAAUAUUUCAAGUCAUUCACGACCCUUCAUUGCAGGAACUAACAACUAAUUUGAACUGCUCUGAAUUGGCCGAUAUUGGUUUAAAUUCUAUUUGUAAGACACGUUGGAAUGGACAUGCUCAACAUCUACAAUCCGCAGGUUCCACCAACAUGUGUCUUUCGUCUGAAGAAAACGAGCAACAGCGGCAAACCAGUCAGCUGCUUCUUGACUACCAAUUGCAACAGCAGAUUCAGCAAGUUGAAGAUCUACAGAUAUGCAAUCAAUUACAAAAUCAACUUCAACAAACAACUCUCGCACUAACACCGAUUGCUACGGAUUCUGAUUCAAUUGGAAUUCUGGCAUUACCCAAUAGCCAAGUUGAUAUGCAACAACUUCAGCAUCAACAAUCUGCCAAUGGACAAACUCUAUCUCAAACUAUUUUGCAAUCUUCUGGAUCGCAGCAAAUAAUUCAACAACAAACGCAGCAUAUUUUGUCUAGUGAUGCCCAACAACAGACAAACUAUGUUUUUAAUGUCGAUCCAGAGAAGCCUUCUCCUUCACUGCAAUUGCUCUUCCAACUGCCAUCAGUCCAGCAACAGAAGCAACAAAUACAAUCUGCAGCAUCUAUAAUAUCAGCGCAACAGCAAAUGCAGCAACACCAACAGCAACAUCAACAACAACACCAACAACAACAUCAACAACAACAACAGCAUCAGCAACAACAGCAUCAGCAACAGCAGCAACAACAACAUCAGCAACAACAACAACUUCAACACCAGCAGCAACAGCAGCAGCAACAACAACAGCAUAUUCACCAGCAACAACAACAACAACAGCAGCAAUGUAAUACUGUUCAAGAAAUUGGACCGUCUGGAGUUAUUUGUCAACCGGUUGUGCAAACUAACCAAGUGACUCAAACUAAUCUUAUUUUGCAACAACAAGCUGCUUUAGCCCAACAGGUAAUAAAUCAGCAGGUUCUGAAACAAAAGCAACACCAGCAGCAGCAGCAGCUCUUACAAUUCCAACAACAACAACAACAGCAGCAACCACAGUCAUGUUCGCAGCAUACACAGCAGGUUCAAGUGGCUACGCAAACUCAACCAGCAGUUAACAGAAACGCUUCAACAAGUCAAUUUUGUCCUUCUAUUCCGAUAUCUGCUGAUGUUAGUAUUGGCGUCUGCACUAUAACAUCUCAACAGCAGCAACAACAACAACAGCAACAACAGCAGCAGCAACAACAGCAACAACAACAACAUCAACAGCAGCAACAACAACAGCAGCAACAACAACAACAGCAGCAGCAACAAAUUCAGCAACAACAGCAAAUUCAACUGCAACAACAAACUCUUACCACCACAACGAAGUCCUCCGGAGGAAUCGCAAAGAAGGCAAUUGAUAAAGCCUCGCGUAAAGAUCGCAAUCGAUACUCAUUACUUCGUCAAACUCCGGCAGGAAGUCAAGCUAACACCACUACUCAGCAAUACCAACAAGCAGUUACAACUGUAGCUACAACACCCGAUAAAAUAAUCGACGUUGACUCCGAAACUGACUCUAAUCAUGACACUGCCCUUACACUGGCAUGCGCCGGUGGACAUGAAGAGCUAGUUGAACUUCUUAUAAAUCGGGGUGCCAAUAUUGAACAUCGUGAUAAGAAGGGAUUCACACCAUUAAUACUUGCUGCCACCGCUGGUCACGAAAAAGUAGUUGACAUUCUUUUGAAGCAUGGCGCUGAGCUAGAAGCUCAAUCCGAGCGAACAAAAGACACUCCUCUGUCGCUAGCAUGCUCUGGCGGACGGUAUGAGGUAGUUGAACUUUUGCUUAGUGUCAGUGCAAACAAAGAACAUCGAAAUGUGUCAGAUUACACGCCUUUGAGCCUGGCAGCUAGUGGUGGUUACGUGAAUAUCAUAAAACUCUUGCUAAGCAAUGGAGCCGAGAUUAAUUCGCGAACUGGCAGCAAGCUUGGCAUUUCGCCUCUGAUGUUGGCCGCUAUGAACGGUCAUACUGCAGCUGUGAAAUUACUUCUUGAUCAGGGUUCUGAUAUCAAUGCCCAAAUCGAGACAAAUCGAAACACCGCUUUAACCCUUGCAUGCUUUCAAGGACGUCACGAAGUGGUUAGUCUUUUAUUGGAUCGCAAAGCCAAUGUUGAACAUCGGGCUAAAACCGGCCUCACUCCGCUGAUGGAAGCCGCUUCAGGUGGUUACAUUGAUGUAGGUAGAGUCUUGCUCGAUAAAGGCGCCGAUGUAAAUGCAGCCCCAGUUCCGACAUCACGUGAUACAGCUUUAACAAUUGCCGCCGAUAAAGGUCAUUUGAAAUUCGUUGAACUGCUUUUGUCUCGUGGUGCUUCCGUUGAAGUGAAGAACAAAAAAGGAAACUCUCCGCUUUGGUUGGCAGCUCACGGAGGUCAUCUAAGUGUAGUUGAAAUAUUGUAUAACCACAAUGCCGAUAUCGACUCACAAGACAACCGCAGAGUAUCAUGCUUAAUGGCUGCGUUUCGCAAGGGACACACCAAAGUGGUCAAGUGGAUGGUUCAAUAUGUAACGCAAUUCCCUUCUGACCAAGAAAUGAAUCGCUUCAUUAGCACCAUAAGUGAUAAAGAAUUGUUGGAGAAAUGUUACGAUUGUGUUAACAUUAUUCGAGCUGCAAAAGAAGCUCAGGCAGUUAAGGCAAACAAGAACGCGUCAAUUUUGCUGGAAGAACUUGAUAUGGAACGUACUAGAGAAGAAAGCCGUCGGGCCGCAGCUGCUCGCCGACGAGAACGCAAAAAGAAGAAGAAAAUGGAGAAGAAAGAAGAAAAACGAAGACUUCUCGAGGGUUCAAAUGGGAACGAGAAUGCCGGCGAGGGCUGUGAUAAAGACUCUGAUAAAGAGGACGAUAGUGAUAAAGAAGAUGAAGCUGCUGAUGAAGAAGACGACGUUGUAAACCAUAAUCCUUAUCGCGAAGAAGGUGAUUCUGGAAUCGAUCAGGGUUCCUGCUCCAGCACUGACCUCAAAGCAGCAAAUUCUCAACCUGAUAAAAGCAACAAGAACAAAAACAAAAAGAAGAAGAACGCCAAUCGUAAUUCGAACAGCCCCACACCAAACCCCGGUCCGAGUGGUGGUAGCCAAAAUGGUGAUGAACCACUGCCGACAAGAAAGAAGAAGGAGGAAGCACCUGCUGCAUCUACAAGCAAUAAACACAAAAAAGCUGCUGAUCCUCCUACUGCCACUAAAAUCGUAGAAUCCAAACUUCCGAAAGUAGUACAGCAGCAAACCCCGGCGCAAUCACAUGUUGCUCCUGAGGUGCCUGAAAAGCCAUCUUCGAACAAGAGAGAGGAGAAUAAACGCAAAGAAGCAAAGGAUUCCCUUAAGCAGCGUGAAAAAGAGAAUCUGGCUCCUAAGGAUGAGGCGGUAAUCAGCCAACAAGCACCAUCUACCCGUAAACACUCUGAUAAAAAGCCGAUCGCCGCAACCGAUGCAAGCGUGUCCUCACAUAAUACUGUCACAGUAGCUGCCAGCGGCAUUUCAGCCCAAAAGCAACAUGGUAAUUCGGCAGAAGGAAGCGGCCGCAAGUCGAUGAUAUUUUCAUCCCGUCACGUGAAUGCUGCGGGCUCUGAAAAAGACGAUACUGCACAUAGCCAGAAGUCGCACCGAGUUGGUGGUAGUGCCCAGCACGAAGAACAACACUCUACGUCUAAAGUGAGCCCCCUAAAACCGCAGACAGGAUCGACAAGCAGUGGUAGUGUUGCUGCAAAGCGGGGAGAAGAUGGUUGGAAGGAAGUUGUACGUAAGAGUUCCACUCAACAGCAAACUUCUUCAAAUUCCUCGUCUACUCCCUCGUCCGUCCCAACUGAGAUGACAUGCAAGAAAGUCCAAGUUCCUGUUAAUGCUAUAUCACGAGUAAUUGGCCGUGCAGGCAGCAACAUCAAUGCUAUUCGUGCCACAACUGGGGCACAUAUCGAAGUGGAAAAGCAAGGAAAAAACCAAUCGGAGAGAAGCAUUACAAUCAAAGGUCUCCACGAUGCUACAAAACAAGCUCACAUGCUUAUUUCAGCUUUGAUCAAAGAUCCAGACGUAGAUAUACUUCAGAUGCUGCCACGAAUCAAUCCAAAUAUUAAACCGCUUCCAUUGGUGGUUAAUUCUUGGGACAAAAACACCCCACUGACGCAAUCAUCCUCUAGCAGCACGUUUAGUGGAAGUUCUUCGGUAACAACCACAUCUUCGAUGUCAUACGCCGCAAAGCACGGCACUUCUUCUACAAAGUCUACAUCCUUAUCGUCGCAGGCAAGCAGCACCUCAAGCAAAUCUGCAACCUCAGUAUUCUCGCAGCAAUCAACAACAAAGACUUCGAGCAGUUCAGCAACAGUAGUUAGUUCCUCCCGUUCGCAACCAGGUGGGGUUCCCGCAAAGGGAUUCUGCUUCCAACAAAAUCCUCGUGUUUCAAGCUCUUCAUCAUCUAGCACUUCAUCCACUCAAAAAUCUCGAAAUGUUACUUCGAGCGAUUCCUUGUCGAGCGCCACAAAGACGACAACCACAUACACCAAUGUCAUAAUGUCGCAAAGAAAUGUCGUGUCCAAGAAUCAGAUCCCUACCCAGGUACUAACUCAACCUUUUGCUAGUGCAGCAGCUGCAGCUAGCGGUGGCCAGACGUUUGCCGCCAAGCUCACUUCUAGCAAUAAUCACAACACCAGUGGUGGAGAAAAACGAUCCGGAUCAGGAGUUGCUAACCCUCAACAAAUAGCAUCUAACCUAUUGAACAUGAUGUCCAGCUCGUACCAUAGUUCACCAAAGAAGAACGCAAGUAAGGCUCCAACAAAUAAUUCGAACAGUAUGAAUAAUCUCAACACCCUGGCUGGUCCAAUUGGUACGUUUAAUGUAGCCGAGGCUGCUGUUAGCAUGGCAGUGGCCGCCAGUGCAGCGCAGCAGGCACAGUCACAGGCCCCAGUCCGUUCCGUAACCCCUAUAGGGCAACAAGCAAUUGUGGCUAGUUCACAAGCAUUAACAACUCAACGAAACACUUCCCCAUCGCCAGUUAUGAUAUCGAUUCAGUCGCAUGUGCCUGUUGCUGCAACUGGUUCAAUGACAACACCUGCUUCGCAAGUUGCAACAAGUGUCUCCGUUAAGACUCCAGCUAUUGUCCCGCCAUUACAGUCGAAAAUAGGCAGCGAGUACUCACUGUUCAAUGACACUUAUCAGAACCAAUGGGAGAACAAACCAAUGUACAAUUCUACCAAUAGUGAUUCAAUUCCCAAGGCUGAUGCCUCGAAGGCACCUGGCUAUAAUCGGGGCAACGUUAUAAGUUCUCCAGUGAGCUCGAAAGCAUCAAGCAACUCGACAUCUCCACCCGGCAAUUCUGUGAUUGCCGUUCAACCAACAAACCUAAAUAUUCUGCCAGUAUCAGUAAGUGCCACAUCCCCAGGCAAUGGAGUUGUUUCCUCAAUUGCGGGGGCUGUUGUAAGUGGCCAACAACAACAACAGCAACAACAGCAGCAGCAGCAGCAACAAUCUUUGUCGAUUGUCUCCUCGAUGCCUACCAUCACAACAUCAACUUCUAUUAACGUUGUUAAUGAAAGCGAGUUGUCUAGCGUCCUAAAACCAAUAGUAGGCAGUGGUCAAAGCCUGGGAGGGUCAGUUGUUCAACCGGCUAUAGCUCCUCCUCCAAGUGGCUUAGCCAUUCAAAGACCAACCGGUGGCCAGCAACAUCGACCAGCUACAUCUCAAAUAGAGACGCCAGUUAUGAAUUUCGGUCCCAUAGGAUCUAAUUCAAACCGAAACGCUCCAGGAGCUGUAGGGGAUCAUGUACAAGGUUCAUCUUCUGCCAGCAGAUACUACGACCAGAUGGCACAAUCAAAUCUGUCACACCAAAUGAACUUCAACGUGGAUUCGUUAAUGCCAGGUUACCAUAUGGGCACUGGUGGGAGUGGUGGUAAUGGAGCAUCGGCGCCAUCAAUGGGCGGGCCUGCUACUGGCCCCAUGAACAAUUCUUCUAAUCCAUUGCACAUGUCACGCUUGAAUCCUCGCGCAUCGGUGUUCUCCCAGCCUAAUAAAUCAAAUCAACAGCUAGGCGGAGGCGCUAGUGGAGGAAGUAUGUUCCAUCAGAAUAUUGCCAAUAUGGUUAUUGGUGGAGGUUACAACAGUGGAGGGCAAAAGCAGUUGGGUGGUUUAACAGCCGCUCCAGGUCGCCCCCAGUCACAACCCCAAUCUGGAGCAGCUGGACGCUGGUAUCCACAGAACGAUUAUAGCGGUUAUAUGCCGUCGACGGCAAGGGAAUUGCUUAAUCUAGAAAACGGCUUACCCAAUGCCAUGGGUGGUGUUACAAGUGGAUCGCCAGCUGCCAUGUCCCCCAACAAUCCAAAUCUUCAAGCUUCGCAAGGAAAUGGUUUGAUGACCCAGCAAAUGAACCAACAACAGCCGCCCCCAAAUAUGCAAGGCAACAACGAUGACAUGAGAAAAAUGCCACGGCCCAUAGGCACGGAGCGUGCUUCAUGGAAAUACAAUAACUAUCCGAACAUGAAUUCAGCUGGAAUCAAUAGUGGAGUUUCAUUAGAUGCAGAUCCAAAUACUGCAUCGGCUAGUGGUGGCAAUCCGGUAGCUAUGGGCGGUCCAAUGCCACCAUGGAUGAUGGAUAAGUCACAAAACCAACAACAGCAGCAACAGCCUCCAUCGGCCAUGAAUCAUCCUCAAAAUAAUUGGAUGAAGUCGCAAUACCGAUAUUAUGCAGGUGUUGGGGAUUAUCAUCAGCAAGAUCAGUUCCAUAUUAUGGAUUAUCAUACAACUGUGCCUCCCCCGACUGUUAAUCAGGCUCAGCCAAUGAAUCUUAUCCCAACAUUUCAAUAUCCGCAUUAUGUUGGACACUCGGAUCUAAACCAGAUGCCGGAUAAAAUCGAAUUAUGGGAUCAUCACGAUAAAAAUACAUGGCCCUCUAAUUGGACUAAUUAAUCAACCAACCGAAAUAAUCUAAAGAGAAAAUAAGCAGACAGAAGCAACUAAAAUGUCCUCCUUGAUCACCGAAAAAUACGAAAAAUAAUAUUCGAAAUAUUAUCAAAACUUUGCAAAAAUCAAUUAUUCGUUGAUCUUAUUUGUUUUGUUUUCUAUAUUGAUUUAAAUGUUUUCUUAAAACAAGCAACAAAACAAAAACAAAAAAACACACACAUUUCACCCGCGCUGCUUACCUUGCAAAAGAAUUAUUAAUUUAUGCAAUUAAUUUUAGCAAGAAGCAACAUUUAUUUAUACACACAAUAUUUUUUUUUCUUUCUAUUAAUAAUAAUUUACCCUUAUCUCUUUAUUUUUUGUUUUCCUACUUUAUUUUUGUUUUGUUUUUACUUUCGAAAAAAUUCAGAGAAAACAAAGUAAAUUCAAUGAUAAUUCUUAAAAAUCAUAGAUUUUAGGUUCAUACAUAUAUAAAAAUAAUCAUACGAAUAAUAUUAAAUGCUAUGCAUCAAUAAUUUCAAUAAUUCAACAAAAAUGAAACAAAGCAAAAAAUAAAACAAACAAAACAUGAAUUAUAAACAUAAAGCAAAAUGAAAACAUGUAUCUAUAUUUUAAGCAGGAUUUUUCUUUAUUAUUCUAAAUAUAUAUAUAAAAUAUUCAAAGGAAAAGCAUAAACAAUGAGCAUUAAUGAAUUAAUCUCAAUUGAUUAUUGUAUUUUAUUUCAAUUUACAAAAAAAAAGAAACAAAGAAACAACUUAAAAAAAAAAAAACAAUGAAGAACCUAAAACCAGAAACAAUUAGAGACAAGGCCAUUGUCACGAGGAUCCUGUCAUCACACCACAAGUCGGAACGGAGAAACCAACACCUCCUUUAAUCCCCCUUUCAGCAACUUUAAUUUGGAAUGAAACUAAUAAAAUCUUACUAAGCAUAAUUGUUAAAUGAAACAAACAACAAACAAACAAAACUAUUGCUUUCAGAAUUUAAGAAUUUUGUAAGGACGUUAAACUAAACAAAAUAAAAAGAACACGUUUGGCACAAAAUUGUUCGGUUAAAAAAUUUGGAGUGCAAGUCCGCAGAAAAUAUAAAAUAUUAUAUUCAAAUAUAAAUCAAAUAAAUAAAAUGCAGAAUUAACAAGUAAAUAUAAUUCUACAGUUAAUUGAAAAGUUUAAAAAAAAUCACUUAAAGAAAAACUUAGAAAGACGAAGUUAAUGGAGAAAAUGAAUCUACACACUUACACUUCUAUUAUUUACAAUAAUAAUUCAUAAAAUAUUAUAUUGCUUAUAUUCGUCAGAGUGACUAAAAAAAAAAAACAAAAGUUAAAAGCGAAAUGAUUUAAAAAUUGGGAGGAGCAGAGAAUGAAUGCACCACACUUAGAUCCCACCAACAAAUCUGAAUCGGCUAAUUUGUUUUUCCUCCAUUGAUUGCCAUUUAUGUAUAUCGAUCUAAACAUCAUUCUCUUCUCACAUAAUCUCAUAAGAUAGAAAUUAAAAAAAAAAUAUAUAAACAAUUUUAGCAUAAAAUAGUUCACACCGCAGACAAUUUUGUUCAUCAUAUCUCUUUUGGUAAACAAAUAACUACGCUAGCAACUUCUGGGAAAUUGGGCAUCUUGAUUGUUGCUUUUGUAGUUUUUGUUUAACAAAUAAUUGAAUGCUGAAUUUUAUUUUACUUUUUCUUUUUUUCAACCAACUCAGAGUUUGGUUUGAAGAAAUAAAACAUUUUAUCUUAGAACUAUCAAAAUGAAAUUUAAGAAAAAAUAAAAAAAAAACUUAUUAAAAUUGCUAUUUGGACUUAAAAUAAAAAAAUAAAACAAAUAAAAACAAAACAUUUUUAAAAUGUAUUAUUUUUUAAAAUUAUUACUAUAAUCAUCGCUAUAAAAAUAGAUAUUUAGCCUCUAAAAGAACAUUAAAAAAAUAUAUAUAUAAACAUAAAUACAAAAUCAACUUUUAACCUAAUUAUGAAUGUAAGUUAAUUUACAACAAAUUAAAUAAAAGAAACUAAAAAGAAAAGAAAUUUUUCUGAUGGUGAUUUUGUGCAUUGCAUGCAUCUUCUAUACAUUUACCGCGCAUAGGUGUCACUUUAGCGAUAUAACAUUAAAACAAAAUUAGCUGACAAACUAAAUGCAAAGCAGAUAUUUUAAAAACAAACAAGAAAACAUUUAACUGGUAUGUAAUACAGAUCGUAUACUCUCAUUUUGGCUUGCAUACACAAGAAAAACAAUUCAAUUUAUUCAAAAACACACAACAAAACAUACUUUUGUUGAAUUAAACAAACAAACAAACAAAACAAAAAAAAAAACGUUUACUAUUAUUAAUAUUAUUAUUUUUUAAUUAUAACCUUAUAAAUAUAUAUAUACAUACAUAAAUAUAUUCAACAAGCAUACUUCAAAACUGAAUAGAAUCAAUUCAAACCGAUGAAUUCAAAAAGAAAAACAACAAAAAUAAAUUCAAACAAAAAGCAAAAAGAAAUGAAUUAAACAGAAAAUUAUAUAAAUAUACUAUUAUUAAUACUAUAAUUAAUGAAAAUGCAUACAUAACAAAAAUAUACAUUAAACGUAUAUGUUAUAUUAAAUAGAAAUAUUAUUAUUACAAUUAUUGCUGUAUGAGAACCUUACGGACAUAUUAUUAAUUAUUAUAUUAUUAAAAUAUGAAUAAAAACAUAA